AUGCCAACAGGUGAUGCACGAAUCAGGUUGCAUGCAGCAAGCACAGCCAUUCCUGCUGUGACUCUGAAAGGAUUCAUCCUCUUGAGCUCAUGCAUUGCAUGCGGCGUCUCUGGUGCUACAAGCAUGAAGCUUUCUAAUGGUUUCAAGAAUUUUUGGCCCAGUGUGAUGAUUUUUGUGUCUUAUGCUUUGGCCUUCGUACUCUUUACAAAGGCGCUCUUGCUUUGGCCGCUAUCUAUCGCAUACGCUGUAUGGUCAGGGCUAGGAACGGCUGCGACGGCAGUGAUAGGCGUCGCGUUUUUCAAGGAAAGCCUGAAACCAGUUCAUCUCUUAGGCCUGGCGCUUAUCAUUGUUGGGGUAUCCCAUGUAUGGUUUCCUUGA